GGCACCACUGUACGUACAGCAAGCAUCUACUUGAGUAAAGUGCUGGUGAAGUGCGAACCUGCAUGCCUCCGGUGCUAUAUUACCCCAUACCAAUCGCGAGGACUCGAAGAACUAGUACUGCAAGUAGACUACAGCUGACAGGUACGGCACGAUGCAUAAUUUACUUAUUCGAACACCAGUACCAGGUCCUACGAAGCGAAGUAACCGCAUACGGGUGUUUAAAACAGCCCUUCCAACCGCACCACACCCAGCUCAUCCGUCCGUAAUCACAAGCUACCCGCACUACCACCACCACCUAAACCACUAAACCAAAAACCAAGAUCAACAAAAUGCCAUCAGACCAGGAGCAAGAAAAAGAGCGGAAAUCAAACCCACCUCACCCCCUCAUAACCGAGCAAAGCGAGCAUGCUCAAUCGCCCCCACCACCCAAAAAACCGAGAAUGGCAGCGGUAGAUACGCCAUCGGAUUUAAUGUCACGACUGGAUGCCUUCCUACCAGCAAUGGAAGCCGCGAACAAAGACCUCCAGGCAGAAGUUGAAGAUGGUACGAUCGGGAAGCGGAAUAUUGAAGUGCUGGAUGUGGAAGAGGAGAGGUAUAUUGAGAUGAAUCUGGGAUUGGGCGUUUUGGAGGGGAAGAGGGAUGGGAGUGUAUCCGAGCCUGGUGGGAGCGGGAGUGGGGAGAGUGAAGGGGAGGAGGGUGAUGAAGAGGACCACGACGUAUUGUUGAGAUUGCUCAACUCCAGUAAAAGGCAUGGAAAAGGGCCUCGUGGAAAACCUUCUAUUGAGGUUGUUGAACAUUCCAAAGACACGCCUACGCCGGAGAAGCAGAUGGAUCAUCAUGUGGGUACUGAGAACAAGUAAAUUCGGGGUAGAACUGUUUUACGUGGUGGUCGCUUGGGAGCAAUCACUUUGGAAGGGUAAUAAUAAUAAUGCGAGUACCCGGUUUCUUGAUUCCGGAUUAUUCUAACCCGCCGCC